AUGACGCGAUCGUACAAUGCCAAGGAACUAGCAAGGUCUAUUCAUUUCUAUAUCGAUACUGGAUACAGUGCGGAUUCCAACGUCUUCUCGGGCGUCCAUGAUAAGGAUCUGCAAAUUGCGCUGUCUCGUCUACAAUACCAAAUCAAGGGCGAGUUUUUGAAGAAACAAGAGUGGGAAAUGCUGUACAAACGUUUGGAACGCCAACAGGCGGAUAUUGACAAUCAAAUACACACCGCAAAUGACUUGGAAAUCAAGCUGAAUGAUGCUCAGGGCGUCGUAUCUCUAUUAACGUCCUCUAUGGCUACUGCAGACAAAAUGGAACCGAUGGACGUCGACACAUUGCGCAGCGAACUUCAAAAGGCUAGGUCCGCCAAUCUGGCUUUCCAGCGGGCCCUGGGUGAAAUUGGUGAAGUUGUAAUUGCCGUGGCGCAGGGUGAUUUGUCCAAGAAGGUCAUUGUGCACGGCCAGGAGCUGGACCCAGAUAUUUUCAAGUUCAAGAACACAAUCAAUACUAUGAUGGACCAACUGCAACGGUUCGCGUCCGAGGUCACCCGCGUGGCGACAGAAGUAGCAGGUGGCACCUUGGGUGGUCAAGCUGAAGGCGAUGGCACGCAAGGCGUUUGGCGUGAGCUCACCGAUAACGUCAAUGUCAUGGCUUCGAAUUUAACCGACCAGGUACGCGAGAUUGCAGAUGUUACUCGCGCUGUUGCUCAGGGUGAUUUAAGUCGAAAAAUCAACGUGCAUGCUCAAGGAGAGAUUUUAGAGCUACAAAAAACUAUCAACUCAAUGGUUGAUCAAUUGCGUACAUUCGCAUUUGAAGUCACGCGAGUGGCGCGUGAAACUGGUGUAGAGGGCAGACUAGGCGGGCAGGCCCGUAUCUCAGGAGUUGAAGGCAUUUGGAAAGAACUUACAGAUAACGUCAAUGCCAUGGCAUCGAAUUUAACAGACCAGGUGCGUAAUAUUGCCAAGGUUACUACAGCAGUUGCCCAAGGUGAUUUGUCUCAAAAAGUCUCGGCAUCAUGCAACGGUGAGAUUCUUGAUUUGAAAAUCACCAUCAAUCAAAUGGUGGACCGUCUGCAAACGUUUGCCACUGAAGUUACAACCCUGGCUCGUUCGGUAGGUACUGAGGGUCGGCUGGGUGGCCAGGCUAAAGUUGAGGAUGUCGAGGGUGCAUGGAAAGACGUUACUGAGAAUGUCAAUGUAAUGGCAUCAAAUCUCACUACUCAGGUGCGUGCUAUAGCUCAUGUCACUACUGCCGUCGCCGAAGGUGAUCUGUCGCAGAAAAUCGAUGUCCAUGCUCAAGGUGAAAUGCUGGCCCUAAAGUCUACAAUUAAUACAAUGGUUGACCGUCUACAGUUGUUCGCAUCUGAAGUCACUCGAGUCGCUAAAGAUGUCGGUAUCGAUGGAAAACUGGGUGUUCAAGCUCAAGUUUCCGAUGUCGACGGACUGUGGAAACAAAUUACCACUAACGUUAAUACCAUGGCUUCAAAUCUCACGACGCAAGUCCGCGCAUUUGCCCAAAUCACUGCUGCUGCAACAGACGGUGACUUUACUCGCUUUAUCACUGUUGAAGCGUCGGGUGAAAUGGGUGCUCUGAAAUCAAAAAUCAAUCAGAUGGUGUUCAACCUUCGUGAAAGUAUCCAGCGCAACACGGCUGCUCGUGAAGCUGCCGAGUUUGCUAAUCGCACCAAGUCCGAGUUCUUGGCCAACAUGUCACACGAAAUUCGCACACCAAUGAAUGGUAUUAUUGGUAUGACCCAACUAACCCUGGACACUGAACUCACCCAGUAUCAGCGUGAAAUGCUCUCUAUCGUUCACAAUCUGGCUAACUCUUUACUGACAAUUAUUGAUGAUAUUCUUGAUAUUUCCAAGAUCGAAGCCAACCGUAUGACAAUCGAAAAAAUUGCAUUCUCUUUACGGUCCACCGUGUUUGGUGCCUUGAAAACUUUGGCUGUCAAAGCAAACGAAAAGCCAUUGGUGCUUUUAUACAACGUUGACAACACAUUCCCUGAUAGCUUGAUUGGUGACUCGUUCCGCUUGCGCCAGGUAAUCUUAAAUUUGGUUGGCAACGCCAUAAAAUUCACCGAACGUGGUGAAGUGGUAUUGACGGUCCAGAAAGGAAACCCGCCAACCAACCAACAUGGUGAGAUGAUGAUCGAAUUCUGUGUAUCAGACACAGGCAUUGGUAUUAAGAGCGAUAAGCUCGACCUAAUUUUCGAUACAUUUUGUCAGGCCGAUGGCUCCACCACCCGUAAAUUCGGUGGUACCGGCUUGGGACUUUCGAUCUCCAAACGCUUAAUCAAUCUUAUGGGUGGUGACAUCUGGGUUAGAUCUACCUAUGGUCAAGGCUCGCAAUUCUUCUUUACUUUAGCUCUCAAGCCGACCACACCCGCCUGGGAACCUUUGCUCGAGACCUUGGCACCGUUCUGUGAUCACUAUGUGCUGUUUAUCAACACUGUUCAUUCCGAGUCUGAGGCAGAAGAUCUUAUGCACAGCCUUCAGAAACUCAAGUUACACUGUGUUGUGGUCAAUCAUGUCGACACCGAGUCACUUAACGUCGACAAUGCUAAGCAAAAGUACGAUACAAUUAUUGUUGAUACGUUGGAGGUGGCAGAGCAGCUGCGCCGCCUGAACUAUCUCAAAUACAUUCCUUUGGUACUUUUGAGCCCGCACAUCCCGCGGGUGAAUCUAAAGCUUUGUUUGGAUUUGGGUAUUUCUUCUUACGGUAACACGCCUUGCUCAGUAUAUGACCUUGCCACCACUGUUCGAUCUGCGUUGGAGAGUCGUGCAGCUCCACCCAACGAAGAUGGCUCGCAGAAGUACACGAUCCUGCUUGCUGAGGAUAACGUGGUGAACCAACAGCUCGCCGUGCGUAUUCUGCAGAACUUUGGUCACAACGUGGAAGUGGUUGAAAAUGGCCGUGAAGCAUUUGACGCUGUACGGAGAAAGCGGUACGACUUGGUGCUUAUGGAUGUUCAAAUGCCCGAAAUGGGUGGCUUUGAAGCUACGGCUCAUAUCCGAGAGUGGGAGCGUCGAAACGUUCGGGCGAGAACGCCUAUUGUAGCACUGACUGCCCACGCUAUGCUUGGUGACAGAGAGCGGUGCAUGCAGGCCCAGAUGGACGAGUAUCUUAGCAAGCCACUCAAGCCUGCCUUGUUGCUGCAGACCAUUCACAAGUGUGUCUACAACGUAAACCAGCUGCGCAAUUUAGCGUUGGGCCCCUCGGUGUCCAGCAAAUCAGCGGUGAUCCCAACAGAUACCGUCAACAGUGGUCUCGCCGACAGUUCGGCUACUGCCUCAGCAGCCACCAAUAUGGCGUGCCAGAUCACACCGCUGACCGACGUCAACGUCUCGAAACCAUCUCAGUCGUAA